AGAGAACAAAGGCUUUCAUACGAAGUAAAGUGCUAUUUCAACACCGCCUAAAAUUUAUAUUUCUAAAAAUCCUGCCUUAGCUUGCUUGUGUUAUAAAAUCAACGUAUGUUCGUUUAACUUUAGUUCCAUGCUUACUUCGUAUGCCGUCUCCUUGGUUAAAUACGAGUAGUACUAGACCGGUAGCAACGUUAAAUUUAAAUAUGAAACCGCGACCUCGAAGCUUGAUGAUGCCGUUUCAAAUGUAAUCAUUACAAUUAUUGUUACCAACAAGCGCUUUAUUAUUAACUGAACUGCGUGCGCUGGGUAUUUAGAAUUAGGUGUGUUUGAUUAUACGGUCUCACUAUCGGAUAGCAAAAAGUCUAAACAUAAUUUUUCACGCGAAUCAAGAUAUUUUUCCUUUAUGAUUGUAUACGGACCUUGAAGCGCCUCGCGUCGAGACCUUCGCAGCCGGUAACCGCGCGGAAGUUGGCAUAUUUUUUGCCAAUAUUAAGCUCGCUGGGUUUUAUACUGCGCAUUAGUCACAAGGCAAGCUUUAUUGUCUGAGCUCGCGGGCACGGUCGCCGCCGGCCGCUGCACUAUCGCUCGGGUGCAACAACAGUCGCUAUCACAAUGUCAAAACGUCUGCUUUGUCUCUGGUCGCAGUUUGGUGCCGCCGUUAAUAUCGGACGUUAGUCGUGUGUGGCCGGUGACGGAGUGCGCAGUGCAGUGUUGACCGUAGUGAUGUGAGGAUGCUAGUGCGCGUUUGUCAUGUCGAGUUUGGCGAAGAAAGACAAGCCCACGAUGUCUGUGACUGCGCUGAUGCAGUGGGCGAGACCGGGCCCGGGGCAGCAGCAACCGCCUCAGGCCACGCCGGCGCCCGUCGCGCCCCUGCUGCAGUCGCCGGUGAUGACACCCUUACCCAAUAUGGACAUCUCCAUGGACAUUCAGUGGCUAAACUUGGAGCCAGGGUUCAUGUCGCCCAUGUCUCCGCCUGAAAUGAAGCCGGACACGGCGAUGCUGGACGGAGGGAUGAGAGACGACGCCACGUCCCCGCCUGCCCUCAGGAACUAUCCACCCAACCAUCCUCUUAGCGGCUCUAAACACCUAUGCUCUAUAUGUGGCGACAGAGCUUCAGGGAAACAUUACGGAGUUUACAGUUGUGAAGGUUGCAAGGGUUUCUUCAAGAGGACGGUGCGGAAAGAUUUGACGUACGCAUGCCGGGAGGAGCGGAACUGCAUCAUAGACAAACGGCAACGGAACCGGUGCCAGUAUUGUCGCUACCAGAAGUGUCUCGCGUGCGGCAUGAAAAGGGAAGCCGUGCAGGAGGAGAGGCAACGAGCUGCCAGGGGGGCGGAAGACGCACACCCCAGCAGUUCAGUGCAGGAGCUAUCAAUUGAGCGGCUUCUCGAGAUGGAGUCGCUCGUGGCCGACCCCAGCGAGGAGUUCCAGUUCCUCCGCGUCGGACCCGACACAAACGUUCCGCCGCGCUACAGGGCGCCCGUCUCCAGCCUAUGUCAAAUUGGCAACAAACAGAUCGCGGCGCUGGUGGUGUGGGCGCGUGACAUCCCCCACUUCAGCCAGCUGGAGAUGGACGACCAGGUGAUGCUCAUCAAGGCGUGCUGGAACGAGCUGUUGCUGUUUGCGAUCGCCUGGAGAUCUAUGGAGUACCUGGAGGACGAACGAGAGAACAUGGACGGUACCCGGACCGCGUCGCCGCCGCAGCUCAUGUGUCUCAUGCCUGGUAUGACUCUGCACCGCAAUUCGGCUCUGCAGGCGGGAGUGGGUCAGAUCUUCGACCGCAUCCUGUCGGAGCUGUCUUUGAAGAUGCGAGCGUUACGUGUUGACCAGGCCGAGUACGUCGCUCUCAAGGGGAUCAUUCUGCUGAACCCAGACGUCAAAGGCUUAAAGAACAGACAAGAAGUUGACGUGUUGAGAGAAAAGAUGUUCUCGUGCCUGGACGAGUACUGCCGGCGCUCACACAGCUCCGAGGAGGGUCGGUUCGCGUCGCUGCUGCUGCGGCUGCCCGCGCUCCGCUCCAUCUCGCUCAAGAGCUUCGAGCACCUGUUCUUCUUCCACCUGGUGGCCGAGGGGAACAUCAGUGUCCUCAUCCGGGACGCGCUGCGCAGCCACGUGACCACCAUGGACGGCACGCGCAUCAUGUAGGAGGCUCCACUACCGGCUUCUGGUGGGCCGAGGGCAACAUCCACGUGUAUAGGUCUCCAUUGUCUACAUGAGGUGUUGAGGUGCUCCUUAACUUCCAUCUGGUGAAUUAGUGAGCCGAUCUAUUAUGAAUAUAGAUAUAACGCUCCUCAAAAGCCUUCGCGCAGUCAACUAGCUACCUCGAACGACACGAUGAACAUGAACGACGUUGACUUCGCGUUUAGAUGUUUAAUAUAUUUGUUGUGUUAAUAAUCAAACGAUUAUUAACACAACAAAUACAAAUAUGUGAUACGUUUUCGGGCGGACAUCUUCAAAUAAUUAGUCGACCAAUGGCUGUUGAGGACGCGAUGUGGAAGCAAACGUACCGCCAAUAUCAUCAGAAAGAUAUAUCUGGAAUAUAUUACUGUAAAAAUAUGGUUUUCGGAUUUAUGUUAUUUGGCGAGUAAUAAUAUACUCCCUGAUAUAGGUUAAACGGCGGGACCGUUACAUUUGCUUAAGUAUAUCAAAAUUACACAGUAUUUUGACGACGAAACGAUAAUUUAGCAAUUAAUUUUAUAUUGAAUAUCAUAAAUCACUAAGUCAAUACAGUUCUUUUGAGGAUUGUAUGAAAUUGUCAUUUUAAAAUAAUUAUGUACCAAUCAAUACAGACAUGUCGUUGUUGUAAAACACUGGACGAGUAGAACUUAUUUUAAUGUAAGUCUGUCUGUGUUGUGUCUGUCUUUGGCGUGUUUCCAAGGAGUAGGGUUAAGAGUAUGUUUGAAUUUUUAUUAAAACAAGUAUUCUAUUGUAUUUGGUCACGGUAUGUGAGAACCAAAGCUAGAUUGUUUACAAUUUUCAUAUUUAUUAUUUGUAACUCCAAUAUAUUGUAUGCAAUUGGGUUUCAUAUUAUAAUAUAUUAUGCAAUGUUACGUUGGAUGCGAUAAGACUCUUGUUAUUUUAUAAAUAUAGCCAUUCCAUAGUCUUACUUACUUUACAUCGCACCAAGCAAUGCCUCAUAGAUUGAGAAAUAUAAUUUAUACUACACCUUCUCUGAUGUUACUGACGUGACAACUGGGGCGAAAGUGCGUCAUUUAUUACAUGUUAGUGUAAUAUGCGGGCAAAAAAAAAUUGUAUGGGAAUCCAUUAAUAUUAUGGUUCAGGGAGCGAAAAACAUUUCUAACUCAUUUGUUAUUUAUACGUAUAUUGAUUUGACUGAAAAUUACACUGGCUAGUUACAAUUUAUAAACACACUACUAUCACAGUCUUCAAUAGCUUGUAGCGUUCAAUCUGUUCAAUGUAUUUGCUAGAUUUAAUACAAUUUGCUUUUAUUUUCCUGUUAUGUGUAUUAUAAAUCACUAUUGUGUCAUCACUUGGCGGGAAGUACGUAGAAACGUACUCACACUGGACUGUACUCGCGUGUAUUUCAGCCCUAAACUGUCGUACCUAUAAAAUUCAUUCUUGUUAGGUAUCACUAACUUCGUAAUUGACUUGUUGAAAUAAUACAUUUCUCGGAAGUACCUUUGUAUUAUUAUGACAAGUGAGUAACAAUUCUCAGUAUUUCCGGCAUCAAUUUUAGAGUCUUAAAGUCUUAUGAGUUUGUAUGUGAAGAUGCUCAGUGUAGGACUAUCCAAUUUCCUGGUCUUGUACUGUAUUAUACUUCUUAAUCCAUUUGAACAUUUUUUAAUGGCUAUUGAAUAUUUUAAUGGAUUUUGUAAUACUCGCCAGUUUCUACUUCUCAAUUAGCUCUCUGCUUCAAAUUUUUAAAUCAAUAUUUUUAAUUGUGUUAGUCAAAUGAAUAUUUUAAAAUUAUGUAACUGCUAAAUUAUAGUGAUCUAUUUUUAUAUUCCUAAUAGGAGUAGUAUAUAGCACUGUAUGUAUCACUCUGGGAAAAGUGUAAUUCCAUUACUCUGGUGUAUCUUAAUACUAUAAUAGGGUCUCAGCCCUCUACUUCGCUCUGUGCCUAUUAACACCAUAGUAGGACCUCAUCGCUUUUCUACCCUUAAUGACCACUUUACUGCUUCAAUAUCAUGAAUAUCGGGUUUUAUCUAAAAGUUGAGUUGUUUGAUCUAUUCUUGAGAGUUCAGUCGAAUCUCAAAGUUUAGUGAUAUAUAUACAUACGGAGUUAUUUAGUGUAAAUGGGGCCGCCUCUUCUAUUGUAAAAUAGAUAUAAUAUAGCAUUAGUAUAAAUUCAUUAGAAGUAUACGUUUUAGCCUAAUAUAUAUUAGUGAUAAUUUACAACCAAAAUUGACAGCAGAAGCCUUUACAAGUGGAGUUUCAAAUAAACUUGGUGCUUUUGUUUGUAAAUUAAUGUGAAUAAUUACAAAGCAGUUUUGUUAUAUGUUUUGUCUGUACAUAUUUGCAUGAUAGCAAAAUUAUGAUUAUUAAUGUUAUGGCCUAGUGACAUGUUGAACCGUUAAACUGAGGUCACUUAGUAUGUGUUGUAUAACUUGAAGUUUGAUUGUUAAGGAAUUUUCGCCAGUGCUACAAUUAUAGGCAUUUGCAAUAAUGCAUUCUAUAUAUUAUAAUCAUAGAGAAGUGAAUAGUGUAACAUUUAAGCAGAAGUUUGGUCGUUUUUAAUGAUAUAUUUAUAUAUUAUACAUAUAUUUGUUUACAAAAGGCUCAAGUAGUGAAAUCAUGGAACCUAUAUUUGUAGGUUAAAAUUUAUUUCUAAAAUGUUUCAUUAAACUAUCUAUCGUUGAAUUAUAUAAUGGACGUUAGCAGCGUUAUAAUUGGUUGAUUCUAUGGAGGCAAUGUAUUAUGGAUGUUGAUGAGGUUGUGAAAUGAUUUAUAAUUGACGUUCACUAAAUAUCUGACUAAAUUUAAGUUAUAUUUUUUGUAUAGGGAUAGCUUUAAGAUAAAUGGUGAAUAAAUUAAUCGUCAUAAUCAUUAAA